UGGUUGAGAUGACUGCAUUUCCUGUUUCUUUCCAUGGCACUUCCGAACAGAAGUUAGCCUAAAGAGCAAGCUAACGCUCGCUAGCUAGUCGCCUCUUAAGUUCACGAAUCACCACAUAGUGGUAUAUUAACACUGCAAGUUAGUACUUCUUGAUCGAGUUAACAUACUUAAGUGAUGAAUCUGAUAUUCUUUCGAUUGGUAUUUGAUAACCAAACGACAAUCGUCGGUGUUCGCUCGACGCACCUCAGCUAAAAACAAAGCUACUGGGAGUUUAAGCUAGCUAGCUUGUGAUUAGCCUUCCAUGUGCGUGCGAGGCAGCAAUGAUGUGCAAGCGGAGCCUGCGGCUGCUAGUAAAGCAGCUGGAGAGGUUAAUAAUGCAGUAUAUUUCCUUUGUACUCCUGUUUUAUCCCGCUCCAUACCAGCCCGGUGAGGCGUGUGCUGCCAUAGCGGAAGAGGGGGGAACCAGCCCCGCCACCCAGAUACUGUGCAGGGCGUGUGGGCAUGAGCUGGCGUUCGGGACGGACAUCCAUUUCGUUCCCAGCCGACUGGCGCUCUCCAGCCGCAACGACACGUUGGUCGGGGGCCGAAGGGUUAACAUCCAGCUUUUCGAAAACCCCCACGGACACCGGUUUGAGGUGAUUACGUUCAGAAAAGCGGAUGUUACCAAGCACUGGCCGGCAGAUAAACACUUCUCCUGGUUCCCGGGGUUCUCAUGGACGGUGGCCACCUGUCCUCGGUGUAAAACUCAUUUAGGCUGGGCCUUUCAGCCCAGUGACUGGCCAGACACGAUCACGAAAACCAGCUUUGAGGAGUCGGAGCACACCUUCUUGGCUUUAAUCAGCCAUCGUCUGUUAAGAGAAGACUUUGCUUCAAGCCUGCUAAUGACUCCAAAGUCCUUCAUGAGCUGACGGACUUUUGACUGUACAGUUAACCCAGGUGCCUUUGCUGCUACCUGAAACUAUUUUUUUUAAAUAAAGUUCUAUGCACCCACUUGGUUUGAAAACUCCCACACAUGUAAACACAGUAUGUUUUAUUAUUGUAACAAAGCAAGCUUUACACCUCAAAUUUUAAAACAGUUUCUUUUCCCCCCAGCGGAAAAGGAAAAUGUGAUUAACUGUGAAUUCUAUGAGAUAACAGGUUUAUUUUACCCAUGAAGCAGUGGGGGCCAAAAUUUACAAGCUUGUUUUUUUUUUUCCAUUUUGUUCUUUAUUAAAAAUGUCAUUUCAAAUCUCAAUGGAUAUCUGUAAAACAAUACAAUGAAAAAAAAAAAAGUCCCAUAGAAAUGGUGUCAAAAUAACCACUCUCCCCAAUAACCAACAUACUCCUGCCCCUCCCCAGCUUAUCCCACCCCCUCCCCCUAAACAUUACAAGUCAAAGGAAUGAGCUGGUACUCGUUAAUCACAUAGGGGAAAAAUAACAGUUUGGGGAUCAUCACCCCAACUUAAGAAACAAAAAAAAAAAUAUAUGGGAAAAAAAAAAAAUAUUGAGGUCAACUAGCGCUGG